UGCUGUGAACAUCUGGGCACCCAGCAGGGGAAGGGCACUUUGCAGAGGGGCAGAGAGGAAGGCAAGGGAGGUCGAGUUUGGAGAAGGGCCAUGUCCAGUCCGAAGAUGCUUCCACUUCUGCUCUUACUCCAAAUGCAGCUUUCCAAGGCCUUGCCAGUAUCUUCUCAACUCAAAGAAGAGAAAAAUAUGAAAGUUGUUCAGAAUUACCUAGAAAAGUUCUACCAAUUACCAAAGGUCAGAGAUCAGACUGCAAAGAACAGCGCCAGUGUGGUUGUUGAAAAGCUUAAAGAAAUGCAGCGAUUCUUCCGGUUGAACGUGACGGGGAAGCCCGAUGAGGAAACUCUGGAGAUGAUGCAGAAGGCUCGCUGUGGAGUGCCUGACACGGGUGAUUUUAUGUUAACCCCAGGAUCCCCCAGGUGGAAACACACUGACCUGACCUACAGGAUUAUUAACUAUACCCCACAACUGUCAGAGGCUGAUGUCGAAGCAGCUAUUAAGAAAGCCUUUCAAGUCUGGAGUGACGCGUCACCCCUGAGCUUCACCCAGACCUCACAGGAUGAUGUAGACAUCAAUAUUGCUUUUGUCCAAAGAGUUCAUGGUGACAAUUCUCCAUUUGAUGGACCCAAUGGAAUCCUUGCUCAUGCCUUUCAGCCAGGCCAAGAUAUUGGAGGAGAUGCUCAUUUUGAUGCAGAAGAAACAUGGACUAAAACCUCUGAAAAUUACAACUUGUUUCUUGUCGCUGCCCAUGAAUUUGGCCAUUCUUUGGGGCUCUCUCACUCCUCUGACCCUGGUGCCCUGAUGUAUCCCAACUAUGCUUUCAAUGAACCCAGCACCUACUCACUCCCUCAAGAUGACAUCAAUGGCAUUCAGGCCAUUUAUGGACCUUCAGACAACCCUAUCCAACCAACGGGACCAAGCACACCCACAGCCUGUGAUCCAACUCUGACAUUUGAUGCUAUCACCACACUCCGUGGAGAAAUAAUUUUCUUUAAAGACAAAUACUUCUGGAGAAGGCAUCCUCAGCUACGAAGAAUCGAUUUGAAUUUUAUUUCUCUGUUCUGGCCAUCCCUGCCAAGUGGUAUACAGGCUGCUUAUGAGGAAUAUGACAGGGACCUAGUUUUCCUAUUUAAAGGCAACCGGUACUGGGCUCUAAAUGGCUAUGACAUUCAGCAAGGUUAUCCCAAGGAUAUAUCAAACUACGGCUUCCCCAGCAGUGUUCAAGCAAUUGAUGCAGCUGUUUCCUACAGGACAAAAACAUACUUCUUUGUGAACAACCAGUUCUGGAGAUAUGAUAACCAAAGACAAUCCAUGGAACCAGGUUACCCCAAAAGCAUAGCAAGUACCUUUCAAGGAAUAAUAAGUAGAGUUGAUGCAGUUUUUCAGCAGGAUGACUACUUCCUUUUCUUCAGUGGACCAAGAUAUUAUGCAUUUAAUCUUAAUGAUCGUAGAGUCACUAGAGUUGACAGAAGCAAUAGAUGGCUUAAUUGUAGAUAAAGCAGAAGCAAAAUCAAAUGUGUUUGUAUCCAUUUUCUGAAUCUGAAAGGGAAGUCUAAUUUGCAUAUCCAUAACAUGUGUCCUAUUUAUACUUUUCUCAAGAGUAAAUAACACUGUGUGCUAUUACUGUAUUCACUGAACCUGUCCUCAGUGAAAAUACAUUUGGUGUAGUCCACAGUUUGCAGAGUCUGACUUAGUUAUUUUAUAUUCCAUCUCAGGUUAGUGAACCCAUCACAAGAAAAGGAGAUUAAGUCCUCUUUGUCACCCCAAUUUCACUAUUUCAUUAUUUGCUUAUCUGACUUUUAAAAGCUUAUAUAUUCCUAAGUCUCUUUAAACAUGUCUUAAUAUAAUGUUAUGUGCAAUUUUGCACUGGGUUUUGGUUGGAAAGAUUAUGAACAGCUUAGACAGUACCCCUUGCUUCUGUUGAAAAUGUGCUAUUUUCCACUCUUGAAAAGAAAUAUUGUUGAUACAUGUGGAUUGAAUUGUGUCCCCCCAAAGACAUGUUUAAGUCCAAACAGGUAUCUAUGAAUGCACCUUAUUUGGAACUAGAGUCUUUGCAGAUGUAAUUAGUUAAGAUGAGUUUAUACUGGACUAGGUGUCUUUAUGAGAGGAGGAGGAGAGACAGGCGAAGGCCAUGUGAAGAUAAAGAUGAGAUUGGAGCGAUGCAUCUACAUGCCAAGGACUUCCAGAAACCACCAGAAGUUAGAAAGAGGCAGGGUAGGAUCCUCCCUAGAGCCUCCCUAGAAAGGUCAGAGAGAAGAACAUGACCUUUCCGACACCUUGAUUUUAGACCUCUAGCCUGCAGAACUAUGAUAGAAUAAACUUCUGUUGUUUUAAGCUACCAAGUUUUGGUACUUUGUUAUGGCAGCCUUAGAAAGCUCAUACAGUAUAUCUGCACUUAAGAAAAUGAGUCAACCCAGAAUGACAAAUUUGAACCCCCAGAAAGGACUAUUGGCAUCUUUGGGGGUGUGGCAGGUGGCAGCAAAAAAGGAGAGGUAUCAUUUUAUCUCCUGCUUCCUCCUCACUUUCUCCUUCUAGAGUUGAAGCAAGUGGGCUCAGGGAGAUUGUAUUUCUUUAUUUCCUUUUUUCCUGGGAUACUCAGGAGGACACCCUCUAUGCAUAACUGGGGUUUCUUGGGCACAAAAUGCAAUAAAUCUCAAUAAAUUUAGCUUAGAUGCAUGAAUUUGCUAAUGGCUCUUUUCUGUUAAGAACUUUAAGACUUGUAAGACUGUAAUGUCUAGUCCAGACCUCAACAGCAUGUCAUAUUUGCAGUUGAU